CACACAUUGUUGCUCGGUGCACUGAAAGGACACGGGCACUGCAUUUUGGGGAAAAACACAGAUCGUACUGGACGGAAUAUUUCCUCAGCGAGUGUCUACUAAUUUAAACCUUACUUUUCACCUGCAGUGGAUUUACAGCGUCGCUUCCAGAGCGCAUCUUCAUGAGAUGCUAUAUGACGCGCAGGGAUGCGAGGGAAUCUAUCCAUUCAGACACUUUUCUUCCUUUGAACGCAAAAGACUGAAUUCGUCUCAGCCGAGAAUUACUUAGAAUAAAAUGUCUAUAUUCGUUUUCUUAUAGUCAAACUUUUGUUUGGGUUUCAGCGACAAAGCCUGUUAAAUUAAAUAUUAACGAUACUUAUAAUAAUUUCAAUGUUUGUAGUUCGUGAACGCACAGUUUUUAAAGUUUGACACCUCAGGCUUUGUGGCAAUAAUUGGUUUGUUUGGUAAACGGACUGUUUGAUGGACUCCUCCGUGCACGCCGGAUUCAAACGCGCGGGAGCCACGCGCACAGUGUCUCGCAUCGCUCUACGGCGCAACAUGUAUCCAACUCGGCGCGGGAGAACAGAUACGCGUUGGAGCAUCAUGUCCAGGAGCGCGAUAACGCUGAAGUGGAGUGCCGGUUGGAUUUUGAUGGUUGGUGUCAUCGCUAACACUUGUGCGCAAGAUGAUGUUCCACCCUAUUUCAAAAUGGAGCCGGUGGCAACCCAGAUCCACCUGGAAGGGAACCGGGUGGUUCUCACCUGUAUGGGUGAGGGCAGCUGGCCCCUGGAGUUCAAAUGGCUUUACAACGGUACCGAACUGACACGUUUCACAUUGGAGUACAGGUACGUAAUUCCAUCGCUGGAUCGUUCCCAUGCGGGCUUCUACAGGUGUAUUGUCAGGAAUCGGGUUGGGGCUUUGAUGCAGAGGAGCACACAAGUCCAGGUCGCCUACAUGGAAGGCUUCGUGGAAAGCGAACGAUCUCAGGUUGUGUCCCAGGGGGAGGCGGCAUUGAUCUCUCCCCCACAGAUCCACAGCUUUCCCCGACCCGGGAUCACGUGGUUUCGAGACGGACGCAAGAUUCCCCCAAGCAGCCGCAUAGCUAUCACUCUGGACAACACCCUGGUCAUUCUCUCGGCGGUGGCUCCGGACGCAGGCCGUUACUACGCUCAGGCCGUCAACGACAAGAACGGAGAGAACAAGACCAGUCAGCCUGUCAUCCUCAAUGUGGAAAAUGUCGGUGGCCCAGCAGACCCCAUCGCUCCCACUAUAAUAAUCCCACCGCGGAACACCAGUGUGAUGGUGGGCACGUUUGAGGUCACGCUGGAAUGUGUGGCCAAUGCGAGGCCUCUCAUUAAACUCAGCCUUACAUGGCGAAAAAAUGGAGUGCCGGUAAACCGAGGCCUUAGGGACUUUGGCCGUCGUCUGACAAUCAGCGGUCCAUUGGUCAGUGACAGCGGCUACUACGAGUGCGAAGCCUCUCUCCGAAGCAGCAGCGCCCCCUCUGUCAGAGCUGGGGCACAUCUGCACGUUCUGGAACAUCCUCAGUUUGUGAAGGAACCUGACAGACACAUAACGGCUGAGAUGGAGAAGGUGGUAGACAUCCCAUGCCAAGCCCGCGGUGUUCCUCAGCCAGAUAUCGUGUGGUACAAGGACGCUGUACCCAUAAGCCCCGUGAAGACACCUCGUUACAGGGUCCUGGUGGGCGGCAGCCUGCAGAUAAAUGGACUGCUACCCGACGAUACCGGCAUGUUCCAGUGUUUCGCUCGCAACUUAGCGGGAGAAAUCCAGACGAACACGUACCUCGCUGUCACCAGUAUCGCCCCGAACAUCACGGCCGGCCCUUCUGACAGCGCUGUGAUUGAUGGCAUGUCUAUCAUUUUACAUUGUGAGACCUCAGGAGCCCCACGGCCUGCAAUCACAUGGCAGAAAGCUGAUCGGGUUCUGGCUAGCGGAUCUGUCCAGCUGCCACGUUUUACUUUGCUGGAGUCGGGCAGCCUCCUGAUAAGUCCCGCCCACCUGUCUGAUGCUGGAACAUACACCUGCAUGGCCAGUAACUCACGUGGGAUCGACGAGGCUUCUGCCGAUCUGGUGGUGUGGGCUCGGACGCGAAUCACCAAUCCUCCUCAGGACCAGAGCGUGAUCAAAGGCACCAAAGCAGCCAUGACCUGUGGUGUGACCCAUGACCCUAGUGUCACAGUCAGAUACGUCUGGGAGAAAGGAGGAUCGCUCAUUGACGUGAAGUCGAGCCCUCGUUUGCGUCUAGAUGCAAACGGCACAUUGCAUAUCACUCAGACCUGGUCAGGGGAUAUCGGGACCUACACCUGUAAGGUCACCUCUGUCGGAGGCAACGAUUCCCGCAGCGCUCACCUGAGAGUCAGGCAGUUGCCUCACUCCCCUGAGAACCUCAUCGCCACCCUUAGCAGCUCUGAAAGAAGAACCAUCAACCUGACAUGGGCCCAGCCCUUUGACGGCAACAGCCCGCUCAUCCGUUACAUUCUGGAGGUGUCAGAGAACAACGCUCCUUGGAACAUUCUCUUGGCUAACAUCGAUCCAGAAGCCUCCAGCGUGAUUGUCGGAGGUCUCAUCCCUGCACGUUCCUACCAGUUUCGCCUAUGUGCGGUCAACGAUGUAGGGAAGGGCCAGUUUAGCAGAGAAACGGCACGAGUAUCAUUACCCGAGGAGCCACCAAGCGCACCUCCUCAGACAGUUAUAGCCAGUGGGCGAACCAACCAGUCCAUUAUGAUCCAAUGGCAGCCACCUCCCGAGAGCCAUCAAAACGGACCCCUACAAGGCUACAUAAUCAGGUACUGCCUGUCUGGAUUGCCAGUGGACUGUCAAAUGAAGAACAUCACCAACCCAGACCAAACAAAUCUUCUGCUGGAGGACCUCAUCAUUUGGACCAACUAUGAGAUUGAGGUGGCUGCGUACAACGGGGCAGGCCAGGGAGUCUACAGCCCCAAAGUCACCGAAUGGACACUGCAGGGCGUGCCCACGGUCCCACCAGGGAACGUCCAGGCGGAGGCUGUCAACUCCACAACAGUCCGUUUCACAUGGAGUGCCCCAAGUCCACAGUUCAUCAAUGGCAUCAACCAAGGAUACAAGCUGUUGGCAUGGGAACCAGGCCACGAGGAAGAUGUUACCUUGGUUACGGUGAGACCCAAUUUUCAAGACAGCGUCCAUGUGGGUUACAUCACGGGGCUGAAAAAGUUCACAGAGUACUUCACCAGUGUGCUGUGCUUCACCACGCCGGGGGACGGACCUCGCAGUACCGCGCAGCGCAUACGUACCCACGAAGACACCCCAGGACCUGUAGGUCACCUAAGCUUCACUGAAAUCCUGGACACAUCUCUCAAAGUGAGCUGGAAGGACCCACCUGAAAAGAACGGGAUCCUCACAGGGUAUCGUAUUUCCUGGGAGGAAUUUAACAGGACAAACACACGGGUCACACACUACCUACCGAACGUGACGCAGGCGUACAGGGUCACCGGCCUGACCGCCCUCACUACCUACACCAUUCAGGUGGCCGGGAUGACCUCUAAAGGUCAAGGUCAGCUGUCGUCAUCUACCAUUUCCUCUGGUGUACCGCCAGAGAUGCCUGGGCCUCCCACCAACAUCGCCAUCUCCAACAUCAGCCCACGCUCAGUUACCCUGCAGUUCAAACCGGGCUACGACGGCAAAACAUCCAUCUCACGCUGGCUGGUAGAGGCUCAGAUCGGUGUUAUCGGAGAAAAUGAGGAGUGGGUCACGGUCCAUCAGUUGACCAAUGAGCCUGAUGCACGAUCGCUUGAAGUCCAGGGGCUGAACCCCUACACCUACUACAGGUUUCGAAUGAGGCAGGUCAAUAUAGUCGGCACGAGUCUACCGAGCCAGCCGUCUAGAAAGAUCCAGACCCUACAGGCGCCUCCUGAUAUCGCUCCGGCCAACAUCACUCUUCGAACGGCCAGUGAGACCAGCCUGUGGCUCAGAUGGGUGCCGCUACCAGAGUGGGAAUACAAUGGCAAUCCGGAGCUGGUGGGCUACAGGGUGGAAUAUUCCCGACUGGGGUCAAAGACCGGCGUCCUGUUCCACAUCAUUCCCGAUAGGCUGGAGAGAGAGUUUACCAUUGAGGAUCUGGAAGAGUGGACUGAAUACGAGGUCAAAGUGCAGGCGUUCAACGGGAUUGGGCCGGGACCCUGGAGCCAACCUGUUCAUGGCCGAACCAGAGAGUCGGUCCCUUCCAGUGGCCCUGCGAAUGUGUCUGCUUUUGCCACCACGUCCAGCAGCAUACUGGUCCGCUGGGGUGAUGUGUCAGAGACAGAUCGCAAUGGACUUAUUCUGGGCUAUAAGGUGGUCUACAAAGACAAGGAUGCAGAUGCGGUCCUGCGGUUCUGGACGGUGGAGGGAAAUACCACCUACAGCGUUCAGCUCACCGGUCUGGGAAAGUACGUACUUUAUGAGAUCCAAGUUCUGGCCUUCACCCGCAUAGGAGACGGCAUGCUGAGUUCUCCGCCCAUCUUUGAACGCACGCUCGACGAUGUCCCCGGACCUCCAGUUGGGAUCCUGUUCCCAGAAGUAAGAACUUCAUCUGUGAGACUGAUCUGGCAGCCUCCUGCCCAGCCCAAUGGCAUCAUCCUUGCGUAUCAGAUUGCUUACAGAAGAAACUCCUCUAGCAUUACCUCUGCCACUGUCGAUGUGCUCAAUCCCAGCGUACGACAGUAUACAGCCCCAGGACUGAAACCGGAGAGCGUUUAUGUGUUUCGACUCACGGCACAGACCCGAAAAGGCUGGGGGGAGGCGGCCGAGGCCCUGGUGGUCACUACAGAGAAGCGAGCUCGCCCGCAGCCCACGAGUCGUCCUGUCGUACCUCAAGAAGAAGUGCAGGCGCGCAGUGUGCUGUUGUCAUGGGAACCAGGCAGCGACGGUCUGUCGCCGAUCCGAUACUACACCAUCCAGUACAGAGAGCUGCCCGAAAGCAACUGGACCGUUCACUCGGCAUCAGUCAACCAUGAGGCAACUUCCUACGUCGUGGACAAGCUCAAACCUUUUACUUCCUACCAGUUCAGAGUGAAGGCCACUAAUGAUAUCGGGGACAGCGCGUACAGUGUGGAAAGCGAGGCAAUCACCACUCUACAGGAUGCACCCGACAAAGCUCCCACAAUCCUCUCUGUGACGCCGCACACCACCACGUCCGUGCUGGUCCGCUGGAAGCCGCCCCCCGAGGAGGAGAUCAAUGGUAUUUUGCUAGGUUUUCGAGUUCGCUACAGAGAACUGCGUUACGACCGCCUGCGCAGUUUCACUGUACGGACCGUCAACAGCCCUUCUGCCAACUGGGCUGAGCUCACGGCUUCAUACAGUGUGAGGAACCUGACUGAAUCCUCACUUACUCAAUACGAGCUGGACAAUCUGAAUAAACACAAGCGUUACGAGAUCAGACUGAGCGUGUAUAACGCUGUGGGAGAGGGACCCGCCAGCUCGCCUCAGGAGGUUUUUGUGGGAGAGGCAGUUCCCACCGCUCCGCCGCAGAAUGUCGCUAUACAAUCUUCAACCGCAGCUCAGCUUGAUGUCACGUGGGACCCUCCACCGGUAGAGGCCCAGAAUGGAGAUAUUCAAGGCUAUAAGAUUUAUUAUUGGGAGUUUCAACUUCAGAACGAGACUGAAAGAGUCCGCACCCUGUUCCUGCCUGAGCUGAGCGUAAAAUUGAAAAACCUGACCGGCUACACCACUUACAUGAUCAGUGUGGCUGCCUUCAACACAGCAGGUGAUGGCCCACGCUCGCUGCCCACCAGAGGGCGCACUCAGCAAGCAGCUCCCAGUGCUCCCAGUUUCAUCCACUUCAGUGAACUCACCACUACAUCUGUCAACAUGUCCUGGGGUGAGCCCAAGCAGCCCAAUGGCAUCAUAGAGGGCUACCGUGUGGUCUACGAGCCCUGCACGCCUGUGGAUGACUCCUCUCCUCACACUUCAGGUGUCAGUAAAAUUGUCACUGUGGAUGUAAAGGGCAGCGCCCCUUUGUGGAUGAAAAUCAAGGAUCUGACAGACGGAGUGACCUACACUUUUCGCAUCCGUGCCAAAACUCUCACCUACGGUCCUGAGAUCGAAGCCAACAUCACCACCGGCCCUGGAGAAGGUGCUCCAGGGCCUCCAGGUGAGCCGUUCAUUUCUCGUUACGGCUCGGCCAUUACACUUCACUGGUCCAGCGGUGAUCCCGGACGAGCCCCCAUUACACGCUAUGUCAUAGAGGCCAGACCAUCUGAUGAAGGAUUGUGGGAUAUUCUCAUCAAGGACAUUCCUAAAGAGGUGACAUCUUACACUCUUAAUCUGGAUAUGCUCAGAGAAGGAGUCACCUAUGACUUCCGUGUUAUCGCAGUGAAUGAUUACGGCUAUGGUUCUCCGAGUACUCCAUCCCCUUCAAUUUCAGCCCAAAAGGUCUCUCCCUUUUACGAAGAAUGGUGGUUUCUGGUGGUUAUUGCUCUGGUUGGCCUCAUCUUCAUCCUUCUGCUUGUAUUUAUUCUCAUCAUACGUGGGCAAAGUAAAAAGUACACCAAGAAAACAGACUCAGGUGCCCACUCCAAUUGCACAUCUUUGCCCCUCUCCCAUGGAGAGAUGGUGCGGCUGGAUGAAGGACGUUUUCCCGCCCUGGAGCUCAACAACCGUCGGCUCUCUGUGAAAAAUUCCUUCUGCCGGAAAAACGGAAUUUACACCCGGUCAGUGCGGAUGAUAUCUCCACCCCGACCCAGUCCCGGCAGUCUGCACUACUCCGAUGAAGACGUCAGCAUUAAAUACAAUGACCUGGUCCCUGCAGAUAGCAGUAGUCUGACUGAAAAGCCCUCAGAGGUGUCUGACUCACAGGGCAGCGACUGCGAAUACGAGUUGGAUCCGAAUCGGCAGAAGACCCACUCUUUCGUCAACCACUACAUCAGUGACCCCACCUACUAUAAUUCCUGGCGUCGACAACAGAAGGGCGUCUCUCGCCCUCCGGCGUACGGCUACUCACAGCCCGACACGGUGGCGGAACAGGAGUCCCGACCCAACCCUCCUCCGCUGCCACCUUUACCACCCCUGCUACCCCACACCAAUCCCUCUCCGCAACCCCAGAGCCACGCCACCCUGUUUAGGCCUAAGGGGAGUCGGACUCCCACCCCAUCGCUGCUCUCCUCUGAUAACAACAGUCAGCACACCAUGUACAGGCCACCUAGCAGCCUGGGAGCCUCCACCCAGGUGCCAGCCACGGGAUUUUCAUCGUUUGUUUGAUAGAAGACUCUCGUUUCAAUAACAGCACACCUGUGUUUGACUCCUGCAUUAUCAUUGGUCUGUUCUUACGGUGCUGCAUCUUGUUAGACAUCCAGUGCUGCUUUUGGAGUUUAUUCGGCCCCUCGUGAGGACUUGCAGGUGUGUAUGUGAGCUAGAGCAUUUAAACACAGACAAUCAUGUUUAGAGAAUUUGUUAAUUUAUUUACCAUUCACUAUGUCUAGGAGAUUACGGGAUGUUCAGAAAUGUCAAAUUUGAAAACAAAAAAGGUGUUAUUUUUCAUGUCAUGUAUUGGGUCCAAAAGAUUUUAAAGAAAUCUGCACUAAAUCUGACACAUUCAGUUUUGACAUUGGUCAUGUUAUUUCCUUGCUUCCAUGGUAGCUUAUGAGAUGCUCUUUAGAUCAAUCAAAUCUACGACAUUAAGAAAUCCAUGUAAAUAACAAAAAAUGAAAUGGUGAUGAUACAAUCUGCACUGAACAAUUUUGUACUAAAUUCGAAAAAUGCAAAAUAUAAGUAUAAUUUUACUUCAAUCUUAGUCCCUAAAAGUUAAGUAAAGGCUGAUUUAUGCUUCUGCAUUGGAUGCCAUAGGCUACAUGUCAGUUUUCAUUUAUACUUCUGUCAUUGUUUGCGUCGAUGUGCAAUUACACAUGCAGACCACGGUCAUGUUACAGGUCUAUUCAUCACGGUAUCAAGGCAAAAGCCAAAGAAUGAACAUCUUAUUGUGUAUGUUGUUAGAGAAGCAUCAGCAUUGAAUGUGGUUAUAAACAGAGCUUUAGUUAAAGCCACAAUAUGUUGAUUUUUACCACUAGAGGUCGCAAUUACACAAUAACAAAGACAAAGCUUAAUGACGUUAUAUGUUAUAUACGUGUUUGACCACUCGUGUUGCCAUAGUUUCUGCAACCGGAAACUGCGAUCUCAGCUCAUUUCAGGUAAUAAAGUAACAGGAGAAAGACGCUACCUAUUCUUCUUGUCAUAGGGGUUGUGCACACCAAAACUUUUUAACGCGUCUGAAAACGCCUGGACAACGCCUUCAGCUGAGCGCUUUGGUAGCUGUGAUACGUCAGCUGUGAGACGGUUGGUUGCUGUGAUACUUGUCCCGCCCCUCCUACACUGUGAUUGGACGGCCGCGUGAGAACUGACAUUGACGAGCGGAGCUUUUUACCCAAAGUUGAAUAUUUUUCAACUCUCGGCAAUCAGCACUGAGUGCGGAAAAAACGCCGAGUGCGGGUUUUCAGCGCGGAAGAACAUUUGAAAAACGCUGAGCUUCCAUUGGAAACACUGAAUGAGAAUAUUUGUUUUUGAUUUUACUUACAUCGUUUAAAAGUAGACAUUCCAAGCAGUAUGUAGACAUUUAUCUUUUGUUUGUCUGACAGGUAUUCGUAAAAUCAUAGUUAAUUUUUCUGAAAGGACUUUACUGAGGGAGAGAGAACGGAACGCGCAUCAUGUUUAUUUUCUUAAUUUUGUGUUAAAAAAAGACAUUUUAAUGUUUUAAAUGAUGUAUAAAUCAUAUUUGUAUGUCCAAAAUCAGCAGAGCGAUCUAAGUCUCUUUGCGCAGUAAUUAAAAAACAAAGAGGAUGCGGCGCCCCCGCCAGGGUCGAGCCCAGGGAAAUAAGUCACUAAAAGUGAAAUGAGUCAUUAUUUAAAACAGGAAUUUUUCUGGAUUUACAAAUCCUUGGGAACUUUUGGGAUAAUGUAAGUACAAAACUGCAUUACAAAAAUCGUACAUAUUGUGGCUUUAAAUAUCUCUCCUCAACUUUGCCUAUUUUUUUUACCUCCGCAAGCGGAAAUGCGUAUGAGGAAAUGCAAUGUUGAUUUUUUUACCUGAGGAAGGGUUUCUAGCAGACUAUUCACAGCACUUGCGUUGCAUGUAGAAUUGACGCGUUGUCACAUUUUUGGAGAGAAGCUGUAGGUCCAACGCAUAAGUAUAAAUCAUGCUUAAGAACAAAUUGCAUUUAGCAUUGUAUGUAAUGCUAGAAAAAGCUCUUAUUAUUUGUAAAAUUUGUUCAAAUUUUGUUUGUGGGGUUUUGCUCUGAUGUGUUUAGACAUUCAAUAACAGAUUAUCUGUAAAAGCAAAAGAUAAAACUGUGAAUUUGUAGCAAUGUCAGUCUUUGGAACUGAAAGCUUUUUCCUGCACCUUAUACAUGCGAACUGAACAAACAUGAAUGGAAAUAGGAUUCCUGUAAGGAUAUUGAAUUUCUAUUGGAUUCAAUACAUGGUCAGUUUUAUUUUUUGCUUAUCAUUUGUAAAAAAACAGCCAAGUUGGCACAGAAAAUGAGGCAAAGGAAGAGACUCUGAAUGCUGCCAUCGUUUUAGUGAUGUUUAAAUGUUUAAAGAUCAUGUUCGUUUGGUAUUUCAUAAGACUGAGAGAUGCAGGUACUUAGAAGAUUGUUUAUGAGAAAAUUGUUAUGCCCAUAAUAAAAAAAACAACAACAUAUAUUUACAUAUUUAUUAGUCAUUUUGAGAGCUACCACUGAGAAUGUUUGUUCACAUCUGAGAAUAUCAUGCAUAAGACAAUGUAAAGAUAAGUGUGUGGGUGAAUAUCUUCCAUAGGUACAUUAAAAGAUCAACAUUUGCAAAUGAGCUACAUGGACUCACAACACAUGGUUUCACAAAAGCAGGUGAUGCUACACUGUGUAAGAUGAUUUGUACAGAUAAGUCACAAAUGUCACAUCCGGGGUUCCUUUACACAUAGAGAUUGAUAAAAAUGUCUGCUAUUUUAAAUGACAUUGUAUGUAUUUCUCUGAAUAUAUUGUAGAAUGUGUUUUCUUACAGUUCACGCAGUUUGACAUAAUGCAGUAUGCUUACGUGUAAGUCAGCAGAUAUGCUUCAUUUCUAUACAUUCGGUUGGUUUUAUACUCUUAACUUAAAAAGAGCAACAACAGUCUUAUGUGGCAAACUAUUUUAAAGGACUUUAAAAUAUGAUGAUCAUGAAUCACAAUAUCUUCUGUCUUGUUCUCUGUGAAGUGACUAUCAUUGUACAGAACUUGAUGAAUUAUAUUGGACCAAGGCAUGGUUCUUAUCGAAAAUAAAUUACUCUAUUUUUCAGUGUU